AUGGAGUGGCAUGUAGAGUUGUUCAUUGGAGUGGGCUUCGUGGUGCAGCUCGCGUUAGCAGUCAAGCUGGUCUCCGGCACCGCCGCGAACAAAGGAAACAUCAAGAAGUGGUUGAUGUGGUGCCGGAGCUGUGUGGCUGGCCUUGUCCCGCGGCAAGAGCAUGAUUCCCGCACACGCGAUCAGAGACUAUGGAAUGAAGUCAUGCGGAUUCACAUCCAGCUGUCCCAGUGGACUAUGGUCUUUCUGAUGUUUGCUGGAUUUGGGUUGCUGUCGGCGGCGCAAGUGUUUGUGCUGUCGGGAUCAGACCCAGCGAAGUUUUGGUUAUCCCCGCCGCAGCUGUGGACAGGAACGUUUGGCCUUGUCGUCGUCUACUUGUUCACAUUUGUGCCAGUCCGCUUCCAGUCCUACAUGGUCCACGCCUUCUACGUCAUGUUGAAUAUCAUGGCGCUAGUCAUGCUCCUGCCGUCCCACUGCCCCAGGGAUCAGCUUAUUCGGAAUGCAAUGACGCAAUUCAUUAUGUUCCGCGUGCCUUCGAUUCUUCUGACUCCUCGAGCAUUGCUCGUGCUGGCCAUGGGGUCCGGAUACCUCCUUAUGUCCUUCUUGCGAUUUACGCUUGAGCCCAUUCCUGAAACCAGCGGCUGUGCAGUUGACGAGCAGUUCCUCGUGAGAAUGGAGGUCUACGGGCUGAUUGCUACGACCUUCCUCUCCCUCAUGGUGAAGUCAAUGGUCAAGCGGAAGGUGGAACUGAGCGUGGACAGCAGUAACCUGGCGAAACAACUCAGUGCUGCAUCCUCGUUGCUGAAGCUUACUUGCGAUGCCGUCGUUGAACUGGACGACCGUUUGCGACUCACAGAGCAUUCCCCAGAGCUGUCCGCCUUACUUCUGCACCGACCAGGCUCCACCAUGAAAGGCAAAUGUCUGACGGAUUUCAUGAAGCCUGACGAUGCAACCCGUGCCACGCAAAUCCUGUCUCGAGGGCCGUCUUCCCAUGAUACCCAGAUCUCUGCUCACGCUUUUCACACGCGACUUGUGGAUAGUUGCACAAGUAAGCUUUGCGCAGAGGUCUUUCAGGUGAAAUACACCAAGCACGAUGGCAAGGAGUAUAGCUUGCUGGGCCUGCGUGACUUCACAGACGUAAAGCCGCUCUCGGGAGGCAGUGCCAUGGAUGCGAUUGAGCCAACUUCCAGCACGGACAGCGUGGGCUUGUCUGUCGGGCAGGUAAUGACAGCAACUGACACCACACAGGCAGUUGCAAGUUUCUGCUCGGAAGCUCUGGAUGCAGAGGAUACUGCAAGCAGCGUGGGCGUAGUCAGCUCCAAUGACGAGUCGUUUCUGAUGCGGCCCCGAACGGUCUACAUGCAUAUCGACCCGGAAGGCAUGCUGAUACAGGCGGCUUCAUCCCCCUUGAUGGCGCUGGCGGGCUCGCAGCUGGCAGACGUGUUCCCUUCCCCGCACACGACGCUGCUGUUGGAGCAACUCCGUCGUGAGGCAGACCUUUUCCGAAGUAGGGGCGAGGAACCCCCAUCCCGCGUUCUCCACUACGAAGAGAUGCCCGUGAUUUUGAUUCCUGGCACGGUCGACCGCAUCACCGGGACCAUGCAGAUCACCCAAGUGAGAUCUGGCGGGACACACGUCCUCAUGGCAUUCGCCCCGCACCGGCCAAGAUCGGAGUCCGAGGGUCGGCGCAGCUCUCGGAAUUCCUUGAGAUCUGUACCAGAGAAUCGUGAGACAGCGCUGUGCCUCUAG